AUGCGCCAUGAGGGUGUGAAGGGCUUUCCACAUGGAGGCCUAGUUUCUGGCGGCAGGACUAACCAUCGUGCACUGCGCGCGGCGUGGGGGCGGCAGCAACGUGCUCCCUUCUGGCAAGAAAGUCCUGCAUGCUCGUGCCGCCCCGGUGUCACUGAGACACCGGCCGCGGAGGAAGGCACUCGUAUUCCCAAGGUGCUUCAGGUAUUGACUCGCAGGCUGGCUCCUGCAUGCCUACAGGAGUUGGAUACGGUCUGCUUUCUCCCUGGGUCGUGUCAUAUGCAGAUAGGUGUCGAUAUACAGGUAGAGUGUUCCGUUGGCUCCGUCUCUGCGGGACGGGUCCCGGCCAUUGACGGGUGCUCGAGGUGCAAGUGGGACAACCACAUGCCCCCUCAUCGCCAUCAAUGGGCACCAAGGAUAAGGGAUAUGACGGUUCGAGGACAAUGCGCCAGUUCAAACAGCCCAUUCACGGACAUCCAGCGGUUCACUGUUGUCACAUGGAGCCCAAACGCAUAG